AAAUGUCAUAAUAAAUAAGAGGCUAGUCAACCAAAUGUUGCUUAAUUCGUCACUACACUUAGGUUUGGAUGUGACUAUCCUUUUCAUAUUUAUAGGUUAUUGUUACGGAUAGCCUUGAUUAUUUAUUUAAAUUCAUGUUCACUCCAAAACAAUCCAUAUUUCAUUCAAUAAACAAAAUGGCAAAUCGUAAAAUCAGUGACUUUGCAGGCUUUAAAAAAGUUUUAGAUGGAGCGAAAAAUAUAGCUGUAUUAACAGGAGCUGGUGUUUCCGCAGAAUCGGGAAUUCCAGUAUUUAGAGGUGCAGGAGGUUUUUGGAGAACUCACAGAUCUCAGGAUCUUGCAACUCCUCAAGCUUUUGCUGCUAAUCCUGCGCUGGUUUGGGAAUUUUAUCAUUAUAGAAGAAAUAUUGCAUUCACUUCACUCCCAAAUAAUGCCCAUAAGGCGCUAGCAUUAUACGAAGCACAAUGUUUGAGAGAAGGUCGGCGUUUUAGCAUAAUAACACAAAAUGUUGAUGGUCUCCAUCAGAGAGCUGGUUCCAUAAAUGUUAUUGAACUACAUGGUGCUCUACAUAAAGUUAAAUGUACUAAUCCAAAAUGCAGAUUCUUGGAUGAAAACUAUGAUAACCCUAUAUGUGAAGUCUUUAGAAAUAGAGGUGACCCUGCUGCUGAAGGUUAUAAUUUACCUGUUAUAGAUAAAAAAGAUUUACCUAAAUGUAAGAAGUGUCAAAAACUCGUAAGACCUUAUAUUGUAUGGUUUGGAGAAAACUUGGACUUCAAAGUUAUGCAAGCUGCAAGAGAAGUAGUGGAAACUUGUGACAUGUGUCUAGUGAUCGGAACAUCUUCUGUUGUAUAUCCAGCAGCCAUGUUCGCCCCUAGAGUAUUAGAAAGAGGAAUGCCAGUUGCAGAAUUCAACUUGAAUGAAGAACCAGCUGACGAAAUGUUUGAUUUUCAUUUUCCAGGAAAAUGUGGUACCACUUUGCCUAAAGCUUUAGGCAUUGAAUUAUAACAUUGAUAUAAUUUCAUAUGAGUUGAUUAUAACAGACAUCUGGAUAUAAAGUAAAUCAGACAUAUUUCUCAUUGUAGAUCAAUGUAUGCUUUUUAUGAAUGAACUGAAAUUUAUAAAUACUGGGAAUUAAAUAAACGGACAUAAUGACACUGUAAGACAGGUAACUAGAUGGAAUAACUAAUAAUUGUAAUAAGAAACGACAUUGCUUUAGUUUCCUAAUGUGAGAGUGUGAUAUAAUGUAAAUUUGAUAUGACAGUGUCUAAACAAGUGGACAACUUGAGAGUUUGUGAAGAAAUUGGCAGUUAAUUGAGAGUUGAUAAAUUUACCCUUGUGAAUAUUUUUUUACAAAAUAUACUGAACUUUUGCGAAAAAAUGUUGAUAUGGGACACAAAUAAUGACAUUAUAAUAGGCAACAUAAUUUUACUACCAAAAAUUGAAGAUUAAGUGGAUAAAAAAUUUUAAACAUGUGUUUUUGUACACAUUUCAAUGAUCCAAAAAUUUUAAAAAAAAUUAAUCAACUAUUACAAAGUUCACCUAAUCAAAAAGCAAUAAACCCAAAAUUUUUGUUAAUAAGUUCCUUAUUGAGGAUCCUUCACAAAAGUUGAAGAAAAUUUCAAAAAAGUUUAAGAGCUUCUAUUUCAAAAAUAAUGAUGUGCGUCAGCUCUCAAAUUUAAGGUUUAAGAAUUUUUGUUUCUCAAAUAUAAAUACUUUUGGUUCAUUCCUGUUUAAUUAGAUGAACUUUGUAAUAGUUAAUUAAUUUUUUUUCAUUUUUUGGGUCUUUGGAUCAGAAUUGUGAAAUAUGUGCAAAAAUACAUGCUUAAAAAUUAUUUAUCCACUUAAUCUUCAAUUUUUGGUAGUAACAUUAUGUAGCCUAUUAUAACGUCAUUAUAUGUAUCCUCUAUAAACAUUUUUUUGAAAAAUUUUAGUAUAUUUUAAAAAAAAUAUUUGUGGAAGAAAUAAGUGGAUAACUUCACGUGGGUAUCAAAUUUAUGGAUUCCAGUGAUGGAAUUACUAGUGACAGUCAAUAUCUGAAAUCUCGUCUGCAACUUUAAAUAUUAAGUUGACAACUUAAAGUAUCCAAAUAAUAACUGAUUAUUUGGAUUAUUUUUCUUUUUCAAGUAAACUGUUAAUUAGCACCGAACUAUCAAGAUACAUUUUAAUUUUUAAUGUAACAAGUUGAACUAUUCAAAGUUCUAUAUUAAAAUUGAAAUUAAUGGUUGAAAAAAAACAUUUUUGUACUAUAUGUUAUUAUUUGAAGAGAUUCCAUUGUUAUCUCUUAUUCUAGGGACGCACUUAUAUUCAUAUAAUACAGACAAUCAGUAUAUCUAUUUAUUACUCUCUUACAUUAGAAAAUAGAAUCUUAUAUGAAUAUAUAAUAGUGAUUUGAUUUAAUAUACCUGCAGUGUCAAAUAAUGUUAGUACGUAAUUGUAUAUGCCAGUAUAAACAUUUAAAUCCAGAGUGUCUUUUAAAUUAACAUAAUUAAAUUCAAAGGUAAUAUAAAGGUAAUAGUUUUUUAAAUUUAAUUGUAGGACUAGAUACAAAGCUAUUUUUUUAUCUUUUUGUUGUUACUGUUGUGAUUCUGUUUGAAUAGUUGUAUUAAACUGUGAUAUAUUUCUAUUUAAUAAAGGAUGAUCUAAAGUAACUGUUAGAAACUAAUAUUAGAA